UCCAGGCAUGGAACAAUGGACAGAAGAGACAUAUGUGUGGAGUUUUUGUCGUGCGUCAGAGCUGUGCAGUCAGCCCUCCAGCCUAGCUUGGUUCUUCCAGCUCCUUGCUUGCUUUUCAUCCCCUCUCUUCCUUUGUGCAAUGAGUGUGGGGCCUCUUUUGUGAUGUACGCCCCAGAGUGCAAGGCGGAGGUGACUCCCUCACACGAUGGCAACCGCACCUUCAGCUACACGCUAGAGGACCACACCAAGCAGGCCUUUGGCAUCAUGAACCAACUGCGCCUGAGCCAGCAGCUUUGUGAUGUCACCUUGCGGGUCAAGUACAAAGACACUCCCCCGGCUGACUUCCAGGCCCACAAGGUGGUGUUGGCCUCCUCCAGCCCUGUCUUCAAGGCCAUGUUCACAAAUGGUCUCCGGGAGCAGGGCAUGGAGGUAGUUUCCAUUGAGGGCAUCCACCCCAAAGUCAUGGAGCGCCUCAUUGAGUUUGCCUACACCGCCUCCAUCUCUGUGGGCGAGCACUGUGUGAUCCAUGUCAUGAACGGGGCUGUCAUGUACCAGAUUGACAGUGUGGUCAAAGCCUGUUGUGACUUCCUGGUGCAGCAACUGGACCCCAGCAAUGCCAUUGGCAUUGCCAACUUUGCUGAGCAAAUUGGCUGCACCGAACUGCACCAGCGGGCGCGAGAGUACAUCUACAUGCAUUUUGGGGAGGUGUCUAAGCAGGAUGAGUUCUUCAACCUCUCACAUUGCCAGCUGGUGACCCUGAUCAGCCGGGACGAGUUGAACGUACGCUGUGAGUCGGAGGUGUUCCAUGCCUGCAUCAACUGGGUGAAGUAUGACUGUGAGAACCGCCGACUCUACAUCCAGGCCCUGCUCAAAGCCGUGCGCUGCCAUUCACUGACCCCACACUUCCUCCAAAUGCAGCUUCAGAAGUGUGAAAUCCUCAAGUCGGACUCACGCUGCAAGGACUACCUGUCCAAGAUUUUCCAGGACCUCACCUUACACAAGCCCACCAACGACAUGCCUUGCCGGGCACCUAAAGUGGGCCAGCUCAUCUACACAGCCGGCGGCUACUACCGCCAGUCCCUCAGCUACCUGGAGGCCUACAACCCUUGCGAUGGUUCCUGGAUCCGGCUGGCUGACCUACAGGUGCCCCGCAGUGGCCUGGCCGGCUGCGUGGUAAGCGGGCUCUUCUACGCAGUGGGCGGGAGGAACAACUCUCCCGACGGCAACAUGGACUCCAAUGCUAUUGACUGCUAUAACCCCAUGACCAACAGGUGGUCUCCUUGUACCCCGAUGAGCGUCCCCCGAAACCGCAUUGGUGUGGGGGUGAUCGAUGGCAUGAUCUAUGCAGUGGGCGGCUCUUUUGGGAGCAAUCAUCACAACAGCGUGGAAAGGUACGAACCAGAGCAGGAUGAAUGGAUCUUAGUGGCACCCAUGCUUACACAACGGAUUGGAGUUGGGGUGGCAGUGCUGAACCGGCUCUUGUACGCAGUGGGUGGCUAUGAUGGCACUUCCCGCCACAGCUCAGUGGAAUGCUACUACCCUGAACGGGAUGAAUGGGAGAUGAUUGCCCCGAUGAACACCAUCCGGAGUGGAGCAGGGGUUUGUGCCCUGAAUAACUGCAUCUAUGCCAUGGGGGGCUAUGACGGUACAGACCAACUCAACAGCAUGGAGCGUUAUGACGUGGAGACAAGAACCUGGUCCUUCGCCGCACCCAUGAAGCACCGUCGGAGUGCCCUUGGGGUCACUGUGCACCAGGGCAAGAUUUACGUGCUGGGUGGCUAUGAUGGCCAGACCUUCCUAGACAGCGUUGAAUGCUAUGACCCUGCCACCGAUACUUGGACCGAGGUAACCUGCAUGACGUCCGGCCGCAGUGGCGUGGGUGUGGCCAUCACCAUGGAGCCCUGUUGCAAGCAGACCAAUGAGCAGAAGUGCCAUUGCUGAGGGCAGCAAGAGCUGAGUUUUCCUUAAGAUAUUGGAGAGGAUUCAGUAUUAUGACAGGCCAAGGCCUGUUCCGCCGCAAUUAAGGAAAUGUGCCAAGGACACGGGUGACAACGAACUGAACUGUCUUUGAGUUAACUGUGGGAAAGAACAACUAUUCCAUGCUUGAGGUAUUGCUGAUUUUUUACUGCCUCUCCAACUUGGCCUAGCCAAGUUCUGAACUUACGCAAUGAGGCAACAACCAUGAAGAAACAUGUCCUAUGAGGGCUGCAGAAGAGGAUUUAGCCUUCAUUUGCACACAUCUCUUCCAAUCCCUGUGGGUGAGGAAUAAUUUAAGAAAUAUUCUUUGCAUGGAUGGGUGGGAGUAUCUUCUACAUAGACCAUUCCUUGCUCCUUUCAAGUUGUUUUGACAAACAAUCCCAUUUGGAUGUGCCCGAUUUUUUUUUCUGCACUCUGUCCCCACUGGGAAAUUUGUCAAGGUGGGGAAAAAAUAACAGAGAAAGCUGGGAGGUGCAGGAACUGUUGUGGGUUUGGUCUUCUGGGACUCAUGACCUGCAGGUAAGUCAACACAGACCAACACAGAGUCAAGGGCUCUAUUGGGUCCUGGACUAAGCUGCUUUUGUAUUAAGCCACAGGAAAUGGCUCACCUUGCAUUGGAUUUCUAUUUCUUACCCAUCGGCGGCGCAGCCUUCCAGCAGAGAACUGUUUUUUGGAAUUACUUCUCAUAUGAAUAAAACACUUUUUGUGGUUAGUACUAAAA